AUGUGCAGAAACAAACUAUUGAAGGAGGAAGCGAAAUAUUCCUUGAACUAUUUUAUCUGUCUCUUUUUUUUGGGAUUGGAAAUUGAACUUCAGAAUGAUCUAAGUGUUAUUCAAAUUCUUUCCAUAAUCAUAAUUGUUAUUUCAAUUACCUUUAGAGUGCUCUAUUCAUUUUAGAGAAUCUCAUGGAAAAUAGAUAUCUCGCCCAUCUUCUUUUGGUUACUAACUCUUGCAAGAAUUAAUAGUGCAAACAAUUUAAAAUAAGAAUCCAAUUCCUUCCUAUUUUAUACUCUGGGCUUUAUGAAUGGACAAUAUAAUAACACUUUUAGUAUAUAGAAUGAAAACCCCAUAAUAUAUAAAGGCAAAAUUUGUGUUCAAAUUAUAAUAUUUAUAACUUGUUUAUCUCUUACGAAUUAAAUUAAGCUUGGAAUUAUAUUUGUACUAAUCAUGCUAUGUAUCAUGGUUGGAUUGAACGAAAUAUUUUAUAGAUAAGCGUUGAGUGAGUUUGACAUUUAAGCCAAAGAAAAUAAAAAUAAUAGACUCUUUAAUGAACUAUCAUUUCAAUAAAUUUUAAAAAAUUAAACCAAACCUUCAAAUGAAGAAUAAAUUUUUAUCAAACAUUCAAGAGGUUGUCCUCUAGAAUCCAUUGCUGAAGAUGAUGAAUUACCUGAAUCGAAAUAAAAAUAACAAAAUGCUUCAAACUCUACUAAGUCAUCCCUUUGGGGCAAUUUUGUAUUCUAAUGCGAUGAUUACAUAAUUAAAUUUUCAUUUAACGCUUAUUAAAAUAAUUCUCUCUUAUAAAACUCUGUUAGCAAUUAUUCAUUCAGUAAAUUCCUUUAGGAUAAUAACAUCACAUUUGUAGAUUUUCUAUCAGAAAUGAAAGUUUUCAAUGACAUUCAUUGGACCUAAUUUGAUAUUCAAAGUCCAGAGUUUAAAAAAUAAUAAAGUCUUUAUGAUUGGCUAUAAUUUCAUCUAGAGUAAUAUAAAAUGAUUGAAUAACUUUAAUCCAAGAAGUCCUUCAAAUAACUAGAAGGUGCAGAUCCUUUAUAGCUUAGUAAUCUAUCCAAUCAGAAAUCCAUGUUGAUGGACAUUAUAAUGGAGAAAUCUAUCUUGGGAUUAUCAUCAAUCCCAUAUUAAUAGAGCUCAUCAGAGGCAUUAAAUCUGAGAAAUAGUAAAAUGAAUUUGUUUGGAAGAAUAAAAACUAGUAAGUCUAUGUGUGACUUGCAAAUCAAAUUUUACAUUUUUGAAGAAGAAUCUGAUGGUUUGGCCAUAGUAUUUUUGAUGAGAGACAUCGAAAAAUUGGUGUAAUCAAUUAAGUAGAAUGUUAAAAAUGUUGAAUUGUUGGAUAUUGCCACCAAAUUUAUAUAGAAUCAAGCAUGUAAAAUGACAGAGAUCCAUAAAUGGAUUCGUGAAAUAAAGAGUCCAUCUUGUUUAAUUGAGACUGAUUAAUUGACUCGUUUGGGUACUUCAGUUCGCAAGAGAACUUAUUCAUUGACUUCUAAUAAAAAUAGUGUAGAAGAAGGAUAGUCUGAUAUAUCUGAAAAGGUUUAGAUACGAAAGUCAAAUCAUUUAUAGUAGUUCCUAUCAAAAUUGCAAUUCGAUUUCUUUUAAGUUGAAUAAGAUAAUUUCAACUUUUUUGAAGUGUUUUAACAAACAGAAAAAAUUUGGUUUGAUAGGAAGAAGAUUGAUAUAUCAUAAACUAUCCAUUUACUAUUUGAGUAAUUUUAGUACAAUCAAAUUCUCAUGAAAUAUGGAGUUAAGUUGAUGUUGAUUGACCAUAACCUUUAUGAUAAAAAUAUAGUCACAGAUGCAAGAAGAUUCAAAUAAUUAUUGAUUAAUUUAAUUAACAAUUCUAUUGAAGCAUAUCAAUAUGAAGAGUAUUUGUAAUAGCCGAAUGAAGUUGAAAUUACAGUAUGGAAUUAUUAUGAGGAAAUCCACUUUACUAUUACAGACUAUGGUUGUGGACUUACUCAAAAUAAUCUUAAUUAAUCAAGGUUGUAAGAAUGUAAAUUAGGAUUGGCAGCAUCACAACGAUUGUUGUAUCAAUUAACUGAUGGAAAAAAGUAGUUAACUAUAUAAUGUCUGAAUUAAAGGACGAGUUUAUCUUUCUAAUUGCCAAGGAUUAUGCUGGAAGAUAAGAUAAUAUAAAAUAAUGAAUUUGAUUAUGAAUAUAUUAAAUUUAUCAAUUCUUGA